AUGUACAGCCAAGGACACCAGGCUCAACAUGCCGCCAUGUUGAAUGGAACUCAGGCUCAUCAGCGAUUUGCGAUGCAAAUGCCCAAGUUCCAGCAUCAGAACCAUCAUCCCCACCAUGCCCAGCAACAGCAACAUCAUCACACCCAUCACAGUCAAGCCACACACCAACUCAAUCAUCAACCAAACUUCCCUACUGGCGCUUUAUCAAGCACGACUCCUCAUUUCACACCGAGCCAUAUGCAGAAUGGGACACCGGGGAAUGUCGAAGACGAAAUUGACGACUCCAUGAACGAGCACUGGCAACAACAACUACAGCUUGCAACUGAAGCCAGACAAGCAACCUCCCCCCAUUACUACGCGAGGACCAUUGCCCAACAGACCAAAGGCAUUCAAAUUGCUCCGAAUCAAACAGAGGUGGCCGAUAAUUCCAAUGACAACCGGCCCAAAGCCGCAGCCUCCAAGGACGGCCAGAGACAAGGCUGGACGGCUCUUGAUUUCACGAGCCAGGGACUUCGUGCUAUAUCUACAGCUCUUUUCAACUACCGCUUUCUUAAUAAGCUGUACCUAAGUAACAACAAACUUAAAUCAUUACCAUCUGCCAUUGGUCAACUCCGCAGCCUUACACAUCUCGAUGUGUCAGCUAACGAACUCACCGAACUACCUGUCGAAAUCGGCAUGCUCACAAAUCUACGCACCCUCUACGCAUUUGAUAAUCAUAUACGAGGUCUACCAUACGAACUGGGCUAUCUAUACCGAUUGGAAAUGUUAGGUAUCUAUGGUAACCCCCUGAACGAGGCUCUGCUGUCUCAAAUCAAAACCCACGGCACAAAGGCACUGAUCAAAUACUUGAUUGAAGAUAUGCCUGUGCAUCUUCCCCCAUCCGACCGAGAUUGGAUCGUUCUCGACGAGACCGCAAAGUCAUCUCAAGCUCCAUCGGAUAAGUUUACCGUUUUGUCUUACAACACUCUGUGUGAUCAAUCAGCAAACCCCUCGCACUAUGGCUAUGUCCCGUCGCGGGCGUUGGCUUGGGAGUUCCGACGAGAUCUGAUUCUCAAUGAGCUUCGGAGCCACGAUGCGGAUAUUGCUUGCCUUCAAGAAAUCGACCAGGGGAAUUACAAUGAUUUCUUCCGAGAACAGCUCGCGUAUAAUGACUAUAAAGGCGUGUACUGGCCUCGUGGGCGUGCAAUGGGAAUGCAUGAAGAGGAGGCCAAGAGUGUUGAUGGCUGCGCGACGUUCUUCAAGGCUAGCAAAUACAUCCUACUGGAUAAGCAAAUGAUCAAUUUCGGCCAGACGGCUGUGCGAAGGCCAGACGCCAAGGGCCAGGAUGAUAUCUAUAAUCGUCUUUGGCAGAAGGAUCAUAUUGCUGUGGUAGUGUUCUUAGAGAACCGAAUGACGGGAACGCGAUUGAUUGUUGUCAAUGCUCAUCUCUACUGGGACCCAGCAUUCAAAGAUGUGAAGCUUAUCCAGACGGCAAUUCUUAUGGAGGAGAUUACGAAACUCGCCGAAGGUUAUUCCAAAUAUCCACCAUGCACAGAUAAGACUGCUUUCCGCUUCUCCGAAGCUGAGGAUGGCACGCGGGAGAACACUACACCGGUCGAGCCGGCACCAUCUGUCGAGUAUACAUCCGGUGAACAAAUUCCGCUGCUCAUCUGCGGUGAUUUCAAUUCGGCCCCUGGUGAAGCAGCAUACAAUCUCCUUGCCCAUGGUGGAUUGACGGAAGCGCAUCCGGACUUGGAGAAGCGACUUUACGGAAAUCUCAGCCGUGUCGGCAUGACCCAUCCAUUCAAACUCAAGUCUGCGUACAGCACUAUUGGCGAGUUGAGCUUUACGAAUUACACGCCUGAUUUCACAUCUAUUUUAGAUUAUAUCUGGUUCUCGUCCACUGCACUUCAUGUGACGGCGCUACUCGGCGAGGUGGACAAGGAGUAUCUCCAGAGCGUUCCGGGAUUUCCCAAUUAUCAUUUUCCUAGUGAUCAUCUCGCAUUGCUGGCGGAGUUUUCAGUCAAGGGGAAAAGGGGUAAGGUUGUAGAAGCGGAUUUUGGUUCAUCACGAGACAGGACUUGA